AUGCCCGACCCCCGAGUCUUCAUAAUCCGCCACGGGGAAACAGAAUGGUCUCUCAACGGCCGCCACACAGGCGUCUCGGACAUUCCGCUGACCGAAAACGGCGAGAAGCGCGUUCGAGCAACGGGUAAAGCCCUCGUCGGCGACGACAGAUUAAUCGUACCCAGCAACUUAGCUCACAUCUACGUCUCCCCCCGCACCCGCGCCCAAAAAACCCUCGAACUCCUCAACCUCGGCUGCAAAGAUCGAUACCCCUGGUCCUCGUCCUCGCAACAAGACCAACCCGACAUACGCACGCACGCAAAGAUACAAGUCACAGAGGCAGUCCGCGAAUGGGACUACGGCGACUAUGAAGGCCGCAUCACAAAGGAAAUCAAGCAAGAUCGCGAGAAGCGCGGGCUAGGUGCGGACUGGGACAUUUGGCGCGACGGGUGCGAAGGCGGCGAGAGUCCCGAGGAUGUGACGGCGCGGCUUGACGCUUUCAUUCAUGAGCUGAGGGAGAAGUGGCACAAGGGAAAAUUUGGUAAGGACGGGAAACCAAAUGAUGUGCUGAUUGUGGCGCAUGGACAUAUUUUGAGGGCGCUCGCGGCACGCUGGGUGGGCAAGCGGUUAGAGGAGAAUCCGAGUUUGAUUCUUGAGGCUGGGGGUGUGGGCACGCUGAGCUAUGAGCAUCACAGUAUUGAUGAGCCGGCGAUUUUGCUGGGUGGUGCGUUUGUGGUUGAUGUGGUGGAGAAGGAGCAGGAGGAGGCAAAGGCAAAGGCUUAA